UGCUUCUUGUUUUCAGAGUUAAGAGAAGUGAUUGUGCAGAAUGGCCAGGACCAAGCAGACCGCCCGUAAAUCUACCGGUGGCAAAGCCCCUCGUAAACAGUUGGCUACUAAGGCUGCUCGGAAGAGCGCGCCUGCCACUGGGGGAGUGAAAAAGCCCCAUCGUUAUCGCCCCGGUACUGUGGCCCUGCGAGAGAUCCGCCGUUAUCAGAAAUCUACUGAGCUGCUCAUCCGCAAGCUGCCCUUCCAGCGCCUGGUGCGUGAAAUCGCCCAGGAUUUCAAGACCGACUUGCGCUUCCAGAGUUCGGCUGUUAUGGCCCUGCAGGAGGCUAGUGAGGCAUAUCUGGUUGGUCUCUUCGAGGAUACCAACCUGUGUGCUAUUCAUGCUAAGAGAGUCACGAUCAUGCCUAAAGAUAUCCAGUUGGCCCGGCGCAUCCGUGGGGAAAGAGCGUAAAGCCCCUCUUUUGCAACCACUUAAAAACCCAAAGGCUCUUUUAAGAGCCACCACGUUUACACGGAAAAGAGCUGUAUCCCUGCUUUAAUAUUUUAAGUGGCUUGGAAAGGUACAUACAUAGUAUGUUAUCCUUGUGGAAGGUAAAACAGCUCGCUGUUGGCCUAGGAUAUUCAUGGACGCUUUUUUUUUAAGCUUAAUGCACGAACACUUAAGGUGUUAUACUCUGCUUUAUUAUCGGAAACCCUCUUUUUUCCCUGUAG